CAAAUACUGUCUUUUGUUCUAUCUCAUUUUCGCUUUUAUCUUGCGAGGUUAGGUAUUGUCUACUAAAUCUAGGAGAAACUUGUCUGGGGUCGUGACGUAAUAAACUGUUGGUAGACACUGAUGUGUAUUCAGCCCUACAUACAUCCUAUGACGACUGCGCGGGUAAUGGAUAAAACUCGAUUGCUUUGAUAACCUGGGAAAGUAUACUACUACUUCUUGCGAACGAGCAUCUUUGAUUUUCUGAGAGAUUUGGAGCGUAUUCAAGAAAAUCGGCAUGUCUUCAUCAGGAUAUACACCAGGGCAAACUGACAGCGACGAAUCCGCUAAGGCAGUCGAUCGAGGUGCAACAUCCGCAAUGCCCAAUACCGAGUUAAGUAGCGGUAUCUACGAGGCUGCGAACCAGAAGGCUCCGGCAGGUGAAAAGACUACGGAAGCCGCAUCUUCGUCUUUCGAUUCUUCUGGGGCCAUUGGCAAACAAUUCACGACCGAAGGCGUCGUUGGUGGUACAGCUCAAAAAGUCGGCGGCCCCCUAUCAAAAGACGGUGUAGUAGGAAAACAAUUCACAGACACGGGAUCAAUUGGUGGAACGAUCCAAAACAAGUUGGGGGACGAGAAGAAGAGCUAAGCUAAAGCGGAUGUAGCCUUUCGCAAUUCCUGUAAUUAUACGAGCGAAUAGAAGUCUUCCAAG